AUGAAGACCUUCGCAAUCCUUGGAGCCCUCUUCUCCUCUGCCCUCGCUCAAACCCUCUGUGACCAGUAUGCCACCUACAGCAACGGCCGGUAUACCGUCAACAACAACCUCUGGGGCAAGAGCUCCGGCUCCGGCUCCCAAUGCACCUACGUCGACAGCAUCUCCAACUCCGGCGUAGCCUGGCACACAACCUGGACAUGGUCCGGCGGCGACAACCAGGUCAAAAGCUACGCCAACUCGCAGGUCUCCUUGACCAAGAAGCUUGUCAGCCAGAUCAGCAGUAUCCCAACCACCGUGCAGUGGAGCUACGAUAAGACCAACACUCGCGCAGACGUAGCGUACGACCUGUUCACAGCUGCGGAUAUCAACCAUGUCACCUACAGCGGGGACUAUGAACUGAUGAUCUGGCUCGCUCGCUACGGUAGCGUCCAACCCAUCGGCUCGCAGAUCGACAGCGUCAGCAUUGGGGGCCAUACCUGGCAGCUGUGGUACGGCGGCAGUACCCAGAAGACGUACAGCUUUGUCUCUGCCACCCCGAUCACCUCCUUCAGUGGCGAUGUCAUGGACUUUUGGGACUACCUGACCAGCAGGCAUGGCUACCCUGCUUCAAGCCAGUACCUGAUCAAUAUGCAAUUCGGGACUGAGCCAUUUACUGGUGGUCCUGCCACAUUGAGGGUGUCACAGUGGACCGCCAGUGUGAACUAG